GGUGAGUGAUGAAUGAGCAGUAAGAGGCCAUCAUACCAAGUGUAUCAUGUGUAAUAUGUGACGAUGUAAGUCCUUUAUAAACAUACCCCACGUUUGCUGACCAUCAUACUACUCAACCUCGACCUCAAUGCCGCCCAAGCCUCACCACAUCACCCUCCAAACCCAUCUCAAGCCAACCUCAGUUCGACUUACUGCCCACCGACCUCGCCUUCUUAUAUCCCCUCUGUGCCAACCGCACCUCUCAUCCAUCACAACGGCUCAGCCUCGUCUCCAGAGCCUGCAACGCCACUUCUCAUCCACGCCGCCGCCCGCCAUGUCGUCGGAUCUCAACUCGCGCAACCAGACCUUCAAGCUCGACAAGCUGUUUGAUGUCUCCAACAAAGUCGCCCUCGUCACCGGCGGCGGCAGCGGGAUAGGCUUGAUGAUCACCCAGGCGCUGGCGACCAACGGCGCCAAGGUCUACAUCUGCGGGCGCACCGAGGAGAAGCUGGAGCGCGUGGCCGAGCUGUACGGCAAGGACAUCCCGGGCCAGAUCAUCCCCAUGACGACCGACGUGAGCCAGAAGGACGAGAUCAAGAAGCUGGUGGCCGAGAUCUCGUCCCGGGAGAAGUGCCUGUGCAUCCUGGUCAACAACGCGGGCAUCGCGCUCAACACGCAGCAGACCGAGGCGUCGUCCGCCGAGGAGAUGUCCAGGAAUCUGUUCGACGACGCCGAUGAGACGUUCGACAUGUGGACCGCCACGUACCGGACCAACGUGCCGCAGCUGUUCUUCAUGACAACGGCGUUCCUGCCCCUGCUGCAGGCCGCGCACCAGCACAACGACAACUUCUCGGGCACCGUCAUCAACAUCUCGAGCAUCUCGGGCAUCGUCAAGACCGCCCAGCACCAUUUCGCAUACAAUGCCUCGAAGGCGGCCGCUAUACACCUUACCACGAUGCUAGCUAACGAGGUCGCGCAGAACGGGCUGAAGGUUCGUAUCAACAGCAUCGCCCCCGGCGUGUUCCCCAGCGAGAUGACCGCGCAAGACAGCGGCGACGACCAGAAAUCCCACAUCCCCCGCGAAAAGUACGAGAGCAAGGUCCCCGCCCGCCGGCCCGGCGAGGACCGCGACAUGGCCAACGCCAUCCUCUUCGCCGCCACGAACCAGUACCUUAACGGCCAGACCGUGGCGGUGGAUGGCGGCUACAUCUUGAGCGCUGGAAGCGGGCCGUGAAGUUGGAACAUGUCAACGCUGGCUUCCUUCCACGGAGACGCUGAGCGCGGGUCGGUGUGUGUUCUACGUUGGUCGACUGUCCGUGGCAGAAUACCC